ACCACGCGGUCGCGGCUCCGCCCCUCCGCCUUCCCCUCCUUCUCUCCUCCGCCGCCGCCCGGCCUGCUGUUGACAAACACGGCGGGGGCGGGCGCUUGGCUGGGGGAGCGGCUCCAGAGUCUCUGCCUCUGCCCCGCCGGGAGCGCCGACCGACUCUCCGGGAGCUCCUGGGCGAGGGCAGCCGGCCGGGCACUGCGGGGCUGGGAUGUGGCAGACUCUGGCCCUGGGCUUGCUCUUCUUCCCGGCGCUCUUCGCCGCCUUCACCCGCAGCCUGUCUUGGCUCGCGCCGGCAUGGAGCCUCAAGGACCGGCUCGUUCUAAGCAGCAGACUGGUCUCCACCAUCCAAGCCAUCAUGGCCACCCUCUCCGGCCUGGUCGUUAUUUUCAGCUGCAAAGACGUGGUACAUGACAGACACUGGAUCGCCAGGGAAUAUAUCUGGAUUGUGGUGUCAUACAUGACCUACGAUAUCUAUGUCAUGUAUCUUUGCUACUGGCAUAAGAGUCAGGAGAAAGGGCCAGCAGGUGGAAAUUACUCCUGGAAGAGCCUCCGGAGUUUUCUGCAGAAGGAACGGCUGAUGGUCACCCACCAUCUCUUCAUCCUCUUCGUCUUAACGCCAGUCGCUACGCAUCUGCGUGGUGAACUCGGAGACUUUUUCGUGGGCUGCAUCUUCACGGCCGAGCUCAGCACCCCGUUUGUGUCUCUGGGCAAGAUCCUGAUUCAGGUGAAAAUGCAAGAUUCCCUCCUGCAUAAGAUCAACGGGAUCCUCAUCCUGGUCACCUUCUUCCUGUGCCGGAUCCUCCUCUUCCUGUACAUGUACUGGGCUUAUGGGCGACAGAUGAACCUGCCUAUCUACGAGGUACCCUUUCGCAUCCCUCUGCAUUGCAACGUGGCCAACGCAUUCCUGAUCGCGCCCCAGAUCUACUGGUUUGUUCUCAUCUGCCGCAAAGCAAUGAGGCUCUACAGCAGUUCACCAGCUCCGGACCGAAUGCGAUAGCGAACACCUAAAUAUCCGCUUUGGAACUAACUUGUCUCACCUUUCCAGAUCGGGGAUUUGGGGGAAGCACCGUUUCGGAAUCGGCUGCCAUUCUUCCCAGCCGAGAUCACGAACCGCGUCCAAGGAGGUGCCUUUGUGGUCGCCAAAUAACCACUGGCCAUAAGAUUGUAUGCUUCCCAAAGCCUUCCGGUGACUGCAGCUGUCACAAUGUUCCAGAUGUGGCCUGAUGUUGCAAGUGGAACCUGGGACUUGCGGUUGGCCAACCAGAGAGGCCGUGAGAAUUCUGCAAAUCUCUUCUUUUGCCCUGAGGUCUUUAAUUGGCGGUUUAGGGCAACGAGGUUAAAGAACACCGUGCAGACUGAUCUAUGUGUCCUCUGAUUGUCCCUAAUCAGAAUGCGCCCUGAUCUUUUCAUUUCCCCACCUCGAAAAAUUGCCUGCCACCUUUUCUACCUUUUAAAUCUUCUUCAAGGUGUUCCCUGUUGUGCCCGUUUACUAGUAGUGAAACAUUGAUAGCCUUAUUUGGAUAUCUUGAUGGCUGCCUUGAUUUUACUGAAAGUGCCGAGGGAUUGCUCCUGGAGAAUUUUAGCAUCUUUUUUUUUUUGUUAAAAAUAUACCUCAGCGUUCUUGUGCUUCUCGUUUUUAAGGAUAGCCGUGCCCAUCAAACUAGCAGAAGCUGGAG